CUGAAAGGAAAUCAAAGCAUGGCAUCUUCACCAUCUCCUACUGGUGAAGCAAAGCCAAAUUUCUACUCCUGCAACCUGUGUAUAUAAGACAAGCCUGCAAGACACGAGCAGGCAGAAGAAAAGGGGAAGCUCUCACCCUUGCUUGCUUAUCCUUGGAGCAAGAGGCUGCAAAAAGGAGAGCCAAGCAAAUUGUCUACUGAAGGAAAAGGUCCUGCCAUGGGUUCCAAGGAUGACGCGCCAACAUGGGCGGACCAGUGGGGCUCCGGCGACGACGGGAGCAGCAACGGCAAGGCGGACGAUAGCAAGAAGACGGUGGCCGGCAACGUGAAGGCGGCGGCUUCGGAGGGGUUCGUGAAGGCCAAGGCGGCGGCGCUGGUGGGGGCGAGCAAGGUCAAGUCCGGGACGAGCAGCGGCAUCAAGUGGGUGAAGGAGCAGUACCAGAAGAGGGCAUCCAAGUGAGCUGAUGCGGCGGUCAUGUACUGAGCAAUAGAUUUUCUCUUGCGUGUGGGCUUUUCUGCUUUUGGGAUGGCUAGUUUGGAUGAGCUUGUAAGCCAGCGGGCUUUCUUAUGAUUUUGAGUGGUUUUAGACUAGUCAAGAUGAUUUUUGCACAGUUCAUGCUCUCUCAGGCAUAUAGAUGAGAGAUCGAUUACGGUCAGUGUCAGUGGCGGAGGAGGAGGGGGGGCACAUGCACGCCCCCCAUGUCAAAUUUCUAAAAGAAAAAUCAAAUUUGUACUUAAAUUUUAAAUAUUUUUAAAUUUGAAUGUUUAACUAUGUCAUUGCUUCCGGUAAAA